AUGGCCACCGGUGCAAUUGCAUUCAUCAUGGGUUUCACGGCAUCGUUGAUGACGGUGUGUACACGUUUUAGACCGGCUGCCUCGGAGGGUAGGUUUGAGACGUUUGUCGGCGCUAGCUUGCCCGUUUCGACUCUAGUUCGGUCACAUUGGACGGCAGUUCGAGGUCUAGCUGCUCGUUCUUCUCCAACCCACGCUCGAGACCGCGGAGCAAGUUCGGCACCAAAUCCGGAAACUCGCGUGCAGACAUCACGAGAUGCUACGGGAGAUGGGGUUCCUGGCGUAGGAGACUCCGAGCGCGGACGUGCUGAUUGA